AUGAGCAUCGGAUGCAUAGGCUCUCACAGAAGCCGGGCAUUGAACCAAGGGGCUCAGUACAUAUCCAGGAGAGCUGCUUAUUCCGCCGCUUCUGUUAAAACGCCAUUUAGAAUUGUCCCGAUUUCUCCAGAUACAUUUCCAAGUGAUACACUAAUGAAAAAACCAUCACGACCGCAACUUUCUCGUAAGAAAUCCGUGGAGAAGCAAACCUUGAAAAUUGUUCCCAUCACAAGAAGCUAUGAAAUGGAAUCCAAUCUUGGGUCUAACAAUUUUAAAAAAGAACCCCGGGAAGCUUCUUCUGUCAAUCAUGAGGAGCAGCCUUUCCCUUUAUUUCAUGAAGAGGGCUCUUCUUUAUCCUCUUCACAAGCGUUAGAUUUCCCUAUUUUUGAAAGCAUUUCAAAGGAAAAAGAUGUAGAGCCUGAGGGCUUUGUGCCGGCCUAUGAGCCCGGGGAUCUUAUUGAGAUCGUCGUGCAGAAAUCGCGCCAUAUACUUGGGAUUGUGCUUUCCGUUGGCCAGGAAAACACCAAUUUAUUAUAUGCGCUCAAUUUGACAAAUAAGCAAAGUAUGGAUGAUGCCGCGUUUUCGACCUUUUCAUUGCAGCAAGUUAUGAGCUUCAAUGUCAGGUUCAAGGCAAAACGCUGGCUAUUUUUACACUCCAACCUGACUCCGGAGCUGAUCGAUAAUAUCUUUUCCCUGAAAACACACAAAACUAUUAGCUCUCAAUUUACAGAAGCAGCACUGCUUUCUCUGAAUGCUUUAGGCAAGGCGCUGAAAACGUUCGAGUCUAAUUCUUUUCGGGAGCUGCAAAGACUAUUACAGAUCUUUACAUCGUUUGAGAGGGAAUAUUUAGACCGGCCUUCACUUUCUAGUGCUACUUCAGCACGUUCUUCCCGUGCUCCCGUCUCUAUGUUGGUUCGGGGACUGAGUCCUGAGGAAUUUCUUUUAGAAAGUGAAAAAAUUGCUUCCAAUUGCGGCAGUCUUUCAAGGCCGAUCUCCAUCGAGUCUCUCCAUGCAGCUUACCGUUUUUUAUUUUGCAACUCGAAAUAUUUUGUCAAGCCCCCAUUUUUGGGUCCAACUGGUCCUUACUUUAUGCGUCCUCCUGCCGAAAUUGCAAAGAUCAAUUCGAUCCUCUCUUUGCCCCCGCCACAAAUAGAGCAAUUUAGGGAAAAACUCCGAGCACAUUUGAAUUGCUGGCACCGUUCUACUGCUGCAAAUUCCGUUGCAGGGGUACCCGGUUCAUGCUCAUCGCCGUCAGAACGACCAUCACACAAUGUUGGGACCUUUUUUACGUCUGAAACGGACCAGUUGCUCCUGUGGGCACUGCAACGAUAUGCCUGUUCGCAYAAGUACAAUUUAAUGGGCAUCAACGGGCACCCAUUAGCCGAUGUUGCCAUCCAAUGUCUUUCAGGAAUAUUGGAUACCGGUAACGAGGCGGGUGAUCUGUAUCCUACUCUUGAAAAGAGGGGUCUUUUACCCCCGGACCACAACGUGCACUGGGAGCAGUCCUGUCUGCAAUAUGAGAUUCCUGCAGCGAUUGAAGAGGCAGCCUCCAAAGCUAUAUCCUUAGAUAGUUGCAAUCAAAGCAUUUCCCCCCAAAGUCUGAAGACCUCUCCAGUGCCAAUCAGCCUCUCGGCAUCUCCUCGGAAAAUUCUUCCAGAUGGAUCCUCUUUWGAGAGUAGAAUUGAAUUUGGCCAUUCGCAUCUAGCCAUAGCUAUAGACUCUGCUGAUACCACGGAGGUUGAUGACGCACUGUCAGUGGAUGAUACAACUGAAGCCGAUACUUAUUGGGGAGUACAUGUGCAUGUAGCCGACCCCACUGCAUUCAUACCGAUGGGCUCAACAUUAGAACGCUGGUGCGCUCAGAGAACUUCCUCAAUAUAUGUGCCCGAAGCAAAAGCUCCUAUGCUCCCAGAAACGAUGCUUGAGCCGAUUUCUCUUGGUGGAAAAAAAGCUUUGACGUACGAGCCGCUGGCCUUCACCUUUUCAUUUCAAGUUGACAAGAGCAGUGGUGAAAUUCUUAACCACUCGGCCAAAAUCCGACCAUCCAUUCUUCGCAAUGUCCAAAGGUUGACAUAUGAAGAUGCCGAUGCAUUACUUCAACCAUGUGAUUCCACAUCCCCUCUCCCCUCCACCUUACUCUCGCAGCUUGCCCAAGUUGCGAAUGCUUUGGCGCGAGCUCGAGGCAACAUCGAAGGUGCCUCUUUUCUAUCGUUCAUACAGAAUCGACCAUCACCAGAGGUUCGACUGGAGGGGCCUGUCGAAGCGCCGGCCUCUGUUAUCCGAAUUAUCAAUAGUAAUGACCAAAGCUCCGUUUCUAGACGAAUUGUCUCCGAGCUGAUGGUCGCAGCUGGCGUAGUUGCGGCUCGGGUUUCUCAGGAACUGAGUCUCCCGGUUCCUUAUAGAAGGCAGGACCCUCCAAAAGCGGGAUCUCGCUUGGAUGCGCUCGCGGAACGAAUCGAGUCUGUUUUAAAGAUAGAAAAGCAGAUGUCGCCUUUGAUAAGAGAUAUUGUUGGUUCUCAUUUGGUUAGCACCAGCGGCAUUCUCGCCCCAUCCAAGGUUUCCCUUGUUGCAGGGGUUCACUGGUCCAUGGGUCUCAAUGCAUAUCUCCGCGUAACGUCUCCAAUGCGCCGCUAUGCGGACAUGCUCAUCCAUUAUCAGCUCAAAGCAGCACUUGGGGGAUGUGGCUCCUCUAACAUCAUGCGGAGCGGGGAGCUGAUUAGCCGGUUAAGGGAUGUCAAUGAACUCGAGCCCCAGCUCAAGUCUCUGCAAAGACGGGCCACAAGAUUCUGGCUUUUGACAUACAUUCUUCGUCAGCCAGCCGACAAGAUCUGGGAUGCUAUUGUUCUGGGGGGAAGCCAGCCAUCUCAAACGGUCUCUGCAUUUACAUGUCAGAUCUACAUUUUGGAGCUAUAUUCCUCGUUCUCCAUAACCAUUGAUUCUUACAUGCUGUCUGCACUUGGCAUCGCCUCAUUCCAAGAAAUCAUGGUGCCGGGAACCCAAAUCCAAGUCACUGCAGGCGUCGUAAAACGGGAUCUCAACCAGGCAUCUUGGCACCUAGCUGCAAUUGGAAAUCGGGCUCGUGGAUGA